CUCCACCCACCCACACUCGCUCCCACACACCUAACCACACACACAGACACACACACACACACACACACACACACGCAUACAUACAUACAUUCAUACACACACAAACAAACACACACACACACACACGCACCAUGGCUGCACCACCAGGGAGAAAGCGCCCGCCACGCCCUCCCAUCAUCACCGACUUUGCCACGCCUGUGCCAGUCCCAAACCCAGUGGUCGAGCUGGUCGACGCGAUGGGCUCGUUCGACCACAGCCAACUGACGUUUGUCCGCCUGCUCGGCCGCGGCGGGUUUGGCGAGGUCAAGCUGUAUCGGAGCCCGAGCGGUGAGCUGGUGGCGGUCAAGGCUGUCCCGCUCUACGCCGACACCGACAAGGAGCGCGAGCACAUGCUGUGUGAGGUGCGGACGCUCAACUCGUCGGACUCGGACUAUCUUGUGCGGCUCCGGGGCGCCUUUUUCCACGACGACAAGCUGCACCUGGCGAUGGAGUUUAUGGACGGCGGCUCACUGCGCGACGUGCUCAAGAGCUCCUCCGCCCGCCAGCGCAUGCCCGAGGCUAUCCUGGGCAAGAUUGCGGUGGCGGUUAUGCACGGCAUGAACUACCUCAAGAAGGAAAAGGGUGUCAUGCACCGCGACAUCAAGCCCGACAACAUCCUCGUCGCCUCCGACGGCUCCAUCAAGCUCGCCGACCUCGGCAUUGCCAAGAAGCUGGAGGACUCGAUCGCCAAGACCAAUGUCGGCACCACAUACUACCUUGCUCCCGAGCGCAUUCGUGGCGACGUUGCCGAGUACAACAUCACCGCAGACGUCUGGGCUUUUGGCGUUACCAUGAUCGAGCUUGCCACUGGCGCCUUUCCCUACGAGGUUGCCUCUGAGUUCCUAGUCCUUGACGCCAUCGUCAACUCUCCGGCCCCUGGUCUUUUGCCAGCCGAUGGCUGGUCCGAGGAAAUCUGCCACUUUCUCGCCGCUUGCCUCGAGAAGAACCCAGACAUGCGCCCGCGCCCCUGGGAGCUUCUCUCGCACCCGUUUAUUCUCAAGUGGCAGGCCGCAGAAGUCGCCGUCUCCACCUGGCUUGAUGACACUCGCCCUGCUACCUCAUCAUAAUGCUGUUGCCGUGUUAAAUUGCCCUGUGCAUCGCCA